AUGGACACCUUAUCACAGACAGAUAAUCUUAAUAAACCAAUCUCAGCACAUUUAACUAUUCAUUAUACACAAAUACCCAAAACUAUAAACAAUUCCAAUGAAAGAAACAAUAAAACUCAUAAAAAUAUAAAACCAAACGAAUUAUAUGAUAAUAAAGAUAAAAUAAGUGAUAAAUCAAACAUUAGAGUUAUCCGUACAAUUCUAAACAUAAAUCCAAAUAAAGAUUCACUAGUCGAUCAACCAUCUAACACUAUUCAUCAUCAUCACCAACAUCAUCACAACCAUCAUCAAAAUAGUAACCACAAUACAAAGAGACAUAACAGUCUCUCCACAAAUGUUCAUGAUCUUUUACAAUGUGUUCAUGAUCAUUCAAUAACAAGAAGAGCAAGUGAAUCUAAUGCAUUAAAUUUGAAGAAGAAUUUACAAAAUGAUUUUACUCCAAGAAAUAAACCAAAAACAAACAACAAUGGUAUACAAUAUUCCAACCAUCUAUUACAAAGAACAGUGUCAUAUGCAUCAGAUAAUGAUAAUAAGAUAGCAUAUUUACCAGCAAUUCCAUCCCGUGGAUCCUUUGAAAAAACUUUUAAAAGAAGGGGCAAAUUAUUACCAUUGGAUGAAAUUGAUAAAUCAUUAUUAGAUGAAACGUAUUUGAAAUGUAAAACUUGUCAUAUAAAUCAUUCAACAUUGACUUCUUCCGCUGGAUCGGAAAUUGGGUCUCCAUUAUCGACUACAUCAUCAUCAUCAUCAUCAUCAUCAGCAUCGUCAUCGCAAAGUUCACUGUCUGAUAAGGAAUCAGGGAGAGAUAGUGACUUGAAAAUAUCAAAACAUUCAUCAGAUAGUUCAUCAAUUUCAAAUACAGGAAUAGUACAUAAUCAAAAGAUAAAUGUAUCAUGUCUUUGUAAUAAUCAUCAUCAUAGAAGGAAUUCUGUCGCAGUUAAAUUUAAUAAAGCCAUAUAUAAAGAAUUCUAA